AAAGCAUUUGCAAAACAUUUACCUUACUUGCAAUAUUUCAUCUUCGUUGUGUUUCUGGAAAUUCGAAAAUGUCGCUGAUUCCCAGUUUCUUUGGAGGCCGAAGGAGCAACAUCUUCGAUCCCUUCUCUCUGGACGUUUGGGAUCCUUUUAGGGAUUUACCGUUCCCUUCUUCUCUCUCAACCACUUCUGGAGAUAAUUCUGCAUUUGUGAGCACACGGGUGGAUUGGAGGGAGACGCCAGAGGCGCAUGUGUUCAAGGCGGAUCUUCCGGGGCUGAAGAAGGAUGAGGUGAAAGUUGAGGUGGAAGAUGACAGGGUGCUUCAGAUAAGCGGAGAGAGGAACGUGGAGAAAGAAGACAAGAACGACACAUGGCACCGCGUGGAGCGCAGCAGCGGCAAAUUCAUGAGGAGGUUCAGGCUGCCGGAGAAUGCUAAGAUGGAUCAGGUGAAGGCUUCCAUGGAGAACGGUGUCCUCACUGUGACUGUUCCAAAGGCAGAGGUUAAGAAGCCUGAUGUUAAAGCUAUCCAGAUUUCUUAAAAAGAAUGCCAUUCUCUGCUUUCUCUCUGUUUUAUAGUCGAAAGUGUGUUGGGUUGGGUGGGAGUUUGAACUUAUAAAGUGAAAAAGGGCAUUUGUUUUGUGAAGCAGCGUGUUUCUGGGAGUUAGGACCUUUGGAAUGGGAGUGAAACAACGGAAGACGAUUCCGUGCGAUAGUAUGAUGGCGUCUUGUAAACUUGAUAUUUGGCUUUUGGGAAGUUUAGUUUGUGAAUAAAGUACAGGCUUAUUUUGUCGUUGUAAUUGUGCUUGGUUGUCGUAAUAUCAUGUGAAGGGAGUUUGCUAAAUUGAAUUUUCAUAAA